AUGGGUAUGUUGGUGACCCUGACAGACAUCAAGUCUCGUUAUGAUGAGGAGAAGAGCCUGAGGGAGGCUGCAGACCAGAGGCUGUCCAACCUGUGCCAGGAGCUGCAGAGCGAGAGGCAGGACAAGGACCGGCUCAACACAGAACUGGUAACUAACAGAGACUGCAGACAGACAGACAGACAUGCAUGCCUAAAAGCAUACACACACUUAGACACACACAGUCAUGCAAAUACGCGUACACACACUCUCAGGCACACAUACAGGUAGGAAACUUCCUAUACAUACUGUACAGCUAUAGACAUGUCACAGUGCACUAAAAUAAUAAUACACUGUUAUACAAUAUUUUAGAAUAAGUCAACGUUCAAUGAUGAGCACUGAUGAUCAUUUGCAUGUAGCCUAUAUUUUACUCCCAGACUAGACUAUAUUUCCAGAGUUUUAUUUUCACCUCUUACUCAGUACUUGUUAGUAAAUAGAGAUGUGACAAAUUGAACAUUUUUCUUAAUGUUUAAAAUUCUGUUUUCUUAUCAGUUUUCCAUUAAAACGAUAAGAAAAAUUCAUACAAUUCCACGUGUACAGUUUGGGUCUCACAGUGCGUCCCUUUCAGAUGGUUAAGCAUUUCACCUGUACUACCAUUACUGUAACUCAAUUCCACCAUGCAAAGCAUGCAUUUCCUUCUCAUUUCUCAAAGUAUUGCUGUACAGGACUUCGCUGCUGUCGCUUGUCUUUCUCUGCCGUUUUUCCAACUAUUAACGACAAUGACGUAGGGCUGGAGAGUCGACUCCCAAAUAAUAGAUUCCUCGACUCCUUGCGCGUCAACUCCUAUUUCUGAGUGUCAAGAUUAGAUUCCGCCAGGAAUCGUCUCCUAAGAUUCAGUAUUUUUGGAAUGGAGGAGAAUUAUUAGUUGCCGUACAUCCGAGAACACAAACGCUCGCAUCUUUCAUAGCGAGCUUGCAAGGGACGGAGAAAGAGGGGAGGGGCACAGUAUAGGCAGGUCGGCCACCAGGCAGACAGAUAGGCCUAGUGCAAGGUUCUGACUCCAUCGGCAAUCAAAAGCGUUAUCUCGCAAUGGAAUGCUGUCUCGCAAUUUCUUGGCUUUCAAUGUCUCGCAACUUCAGUAAAGCAGGGCCUGUCGUCAAUGAAUAGGCUAGGAUAUUGAGAUGAGCGAGAUGCAACACUUCACUCACACACAGUAUCUGCGUGUGUUCAUGGGCUCGCUUCACGCUGUUCAGUGUGGUAGCCAGGGCACCAAAGCCUCAUGCUUAGUUGUUGCUCUUAGAAAUUGACCCACUAUGCUGUUUAUAUUUAAAUUACACAACUUUCCCCAGGCCUUUAAAGCCUAUUGUUUAGUUAGGCUAUAAAAUUGUUUUGUGAUAACUGCACCGUAAUUAUAAAAAUGUUUGCAGAUCCCAAUUUUGUGUAACAGUUAUUACUAUUGGAAGUUCACACCCCUGUUUGUAAACAUAUUGAAUGUUGGGCUUUGUUUCCGAGAGAACCAUGUGUCGACAAAGAGAACAGUCACGGAUAAAGCUAACAAACGGAAAUUAAGCAAAUUUGUUGUUGUCUGUUCGGAUAUCCUGGAGCCUUCAUAGAUGUUCGCCCCUAAUGUGGUCAUUUCUUCACUUUUAUGUAUACAUGGAGAUUUUAUUUUAAUUUUUUACGAGGUCUAGUUGUCUUAACAGAGUAAAGUGUAAAUAACCAUGUAUUUUAAUAUGAAGGAAGUGGAACAAGUCUUGAGGAAGGAACUAUUCAUGACGGAUUGCUGGGGUUACCAUCUCUACCUAGGUAGUUCAGAUAGUUUUCAUUUAUGUCAUUCAUUUCUAUGUCAGAGAGGAGAGGGCAGAAAGGGAGCUUAUGAUGUUAUGAACUCUAUACUGCCAGCAACACUUACAUUUCCAAUUUACCUUUUUCUGUUUUCACCCCAAACCUACAUCCUAACCCUAAAGUGGUCCAGUAACCCCUAACCCCUCUUUGCUGCCCCAAAUUUCUGUCCCUCUGCCCUAAAUCUCUCUGCUUCCCCCUAGCUGCAGCGGCCGGGAGUGGAGGACGUGGAGGUACUGCAGAAGGAGCUGAUCCAGGUGCAGACGUUGAUGGACAGUAUGACACGCGAGAGGGAGGAGGAGUCGGUACGCCUCAAGAGCCAAUACGAGCAGCUGCAGGCUGACCACACCACCUCAGAGGUAAGGCUGCAGGGGGAAUGGCCCAUCUUGGUUUAGUUUUGUGUUACUGGUCCAGUAUGUACUGCUAGUAUCUUCACGAUCCCUCAUUGCAAGGCAGGCCCAAGAGUUUAGGGCAGCUAGUCAACUAGUGAUUGGCUCCUCUUCUUGCACAAGGGAGACUCUGGUAAACAUGUUUGUAAUCAUGAUUAAACACACACACACACUGUCACACAGUCAGGAACCUUUGUGAAUAAAAAAGGAAACGUUUUAUAUGCCCUUUCACAAUUGUUUAUCACAUUCUUCAUUCACAUCCCGUUGACAUCAUAGAAGGGGUGUCCAAGUGGAUAUGAAGUUAUGAAUGUUUAACCAUUUUUCAAUAAAACAGAAAGCCUUUACUCUCAUUCUUCAACCUUUGCCCGGUCGUAAACACUCAUUAGAUAUUCCACUGGCUUUCCCUCACCUAGCACCUACUGUAUUGCCACUCCUAUUCUCUUCAAUCUGAGUCUACAGGAAAGUGUGCCCUCAGGCCUGGAGGGAAGAAAAAGUCAUUCAGCUACCCAAGAAUAGCAAAGCACAAUUUACUGGUUCAAACAGCUGACCAAUCAGCUUACUACUGACCAUUAGUACAUUUUUGGGAGAAAUUGUGUUUGAACAGAUGCAAUGCUAUUUCACAGUAAACAAAUUAACAGACUUUGAGCAAUCUUAUAAGGAAGGGCAUUCAACAUGUACGGCACUAACACAAAUGACUGAUUGAAAUACAUUUAUAUAAUACGAUUUUGGGGGCUGUUUUGUUAUACUUCAGUACAGCUUUUGACAUUAUCAAUCAUAAUCAGCUGCUGAAAAAAGCAUGUGAUGGCUUUACAUCCUCUGCCAUAUCGUGGAUUGAGAGCUACCUAACAGAACAGAGUGUUUUCUUUCAUUGAAACCUCUCUAUCGUAAACCAGGUAGAGUGUGGUAUACGUCAAGGCAGCUGUCUUGGUCCUUUACUGUUUUCCAUUUUUACUAAUGACCUACCACUAGCUUUAAGUAAAGCCUGUGUGUCUAUUUAUGCUGAUGACACAACAUUAUACACAUCAGCUACCACAGUAAGUGAAAUCACUGCAACCUUACAGAGCUGUAGUCAGUUUUAGAAUGGGUGGCUAAUAAUAAGCUAGUCCUUAAUAUAUUACAAACUAAAAGCUAAGCCCUAAACCUCAUCUACAUCUUGUAAUGCAUCGUGUCAAUUGAACAAGUUGAGGAGACUAAACUGCUUGGUGGAACCAUAGAUUGUAAACUGACAUGGUCAAAACAUAUUGAUACAACGGUUGCUAAGAUGGGGAGAGAUCUGGCCGUGAUAAAGUGCUGCUCUGCUUUCUUGACAUCACAAUCAACCAAACAAGUCCUACAGGCACUAGUUUUAUCACACCUGGACUACAGCCCACUUACAGUGGGGAGAACAAGUAUUUGAUACACUGCCGAUUUUGCAGGUUUUCCUACUUACAAAGCAUGUAGAGGUCUGUAAUUUUUAUCAUAGGUACACUUCAACUGUGAGAGACGGAAUCUAAAACAAAAAUCCAGAAAAUCACAUUGUAUGAUUUUUAAGUAAUUAAUUUGCAUUUUAUUGCAUGACAUAAGUAUUUGAUACAUCAGAAAAGCAGAACUUAAUAUUUGGUACAGAAACCUUUGUUUGCAAUUACAAAGAUCAUAAGUUUCCUGUAGGUUUUGACCAGGUUUGCACACACUGCAGCAGGGAUUUUGGCCCACUCCUCCAUACAGACCUUCUCCAGAUCCUUCAGGUUUCGGGGCUGUCGCUGGACAAUACGGACUUUCAGCUCCCUCCAAAUAUGUUCUAUUGGGUUCAGGUCUGGAGACUGGCUAGGCCACUCCAGGACCUUGAGAUGCUUCUUACGGAGCCACUCCUUAGUUGCCCUGGCUGUGUGUUUCUGGUCGUUGUCAUGCUGGAAGACCCAGCCACGACCCAUCUUCAAUGCUCUUACUGAGGGAAGGAGGUUGUUGGCCAAGAUCUCGCGAUACAUGGCCCCAUCCAUCCUCCCCUCAAUAUGGUGCAGUCGUCCUGUCCCCUUUGCAGAAAAGCAUCCCCAAAGAAUGAUGUUUCCACCUCCAUGCUUCACGGUUGGGAUGGUGUUCUUGGGGUUGUACUCAUCCUUCUUCUUCCUCCAAACACGGUGAGUGGAGUUUAGAUCAAAAAUAUCUAUUUUUGUCUCAUCAGACCACACGACCUUCUCCCAUUCCUCCUCUGGAUCAUCCAGAUGGUCAUUGGCAAACUUCAGACGGGCCUGGACAUGCGCUGGCUUGAGCAGGGGGACCUUGCGUGCGCUGCAGGAUUUUAAUCCAUGACGGCGUAGUGUGUUACUAAUGGUUUUCUUUGAGACUGUGGUCCCAGCUCUCUUCAGGUCAUUGACCAGGUCCUGCCGUGUAGUUCUGGGCUGAUCCCUCACCUUCCUCAUUAUCAUUGAUGCCCCACGAGGUGAGAUCUUGCAUGGAGCCCCAGACCGAGGAUGAUUGACCGUCAUCUUGAACUUCUUCCAUUUUCUAAUAAUUGCACCAACAGUUGUUGCCUUCUCACCAAGCUGCUUGGCUAUUGUCCUGUAGCCCAUCCCAGCCUUGUGCAGGUCUACAAUUUUAUCCCUGAUGUCCUUACACAGCUCUCUGGUCUUGGCCAUUGUGGAAAGGUUGGAGUCUGUUUGAUUGAGUGUGUGGACAGGUGUCUUUUAUACAGGUAAUGAGUUCAAACAGGUGCAGUUAAUACAGGUAAUGAGUGGAGAACAGGAGUGCUUCUUAAAGAAAAACUAACAGGUCUGUGAGAGCCGGAAUUCUUACUGGUUGGUAGGUGAUCAAAUACUUAUGUCAUGCAAUAAAAUGCAAAUUAAUUACUUAUAAAUCAUACAAUGUGAUUUUCUGGAUUUUUGUUUUACAUUCUGUCUCUCACAGUUGAAGUGUACCUAUGAUAAAAAUGACAGACCUCUAUAUGCUUUGUAAGUAGGAAAACCUGCAAAAUCGGCAGUGUAUCAAAUACUUGUUCUCCCCACUGUAUAUGGUCAAGUGCUGCAAAGAAGGACAUAGGUAAAUUACAGUUGGCCCAGAACAGAGCAGCAUGGCUGGCCCUUAAAUGUACACGGAGGGCUUAUAUCAAGAACAUGCAUGUCAAUCUCUCAUGGUUUAAAGUAGAGGAGAGAUUGACUGCGUCACUGUCUUUUGUGAGAAGUAUUGAUGUGUUGAAAGCACCUGUUCAAACAGCUAACACACAGCUCAGACACCCAUACAUACCCCACAAGACAUGCCACCAGUGGCCUUUUCACAGUCCCUAAGUCCAGAACAGAGGCUGGGAAAUGCACAGUACUACAUUGAGCCAUGCUAUCAGUAAAAUCUGAUAAAAAUAAACUUCAAACAACACAACACGGACUGUGAAGACACAUUUGUUUUACUAACCUUGUGGGGACCAAACCGUUGAUUCCCAUUCAAAAAUCCUGUUUUCCCUUUUAACCUAAUCCUAACCCUAACUCAAACCUAACCCUUUUUCUAACCCUAAUUGUAACAUUUACAUUUUAGUCAUUUAGCAGGCGCUCUUAUCCAGAGCAACUUACAGUUAGUGAGUGCAUACAUUUUCACCCUAAACCUAAGCCUAAAAUAGCCCUGUUCCUUGUUGGAACCUGCAAAAUGUCCCCACUUGUCCGAAUUGGCCUUGUUUGACUAUCCUUGUGAGGACUUCUGGUUCCCACAAGGAUAGUAAAACCAAAAAAACACACACACACACUCUACGCAUACCCACACAUUGUAAUAUUGUAUUUUUGCAAUAGUGUACAUUUUGUAAAUUUGGCAGCAGCUAAUUGGGAUCUUAUUAAAUACUAAAUAUUUAACAUGGACCUUUAACAAGCUCUAGAUUGGCUACAAUAACCUUCAUAUUCAAUGUUUUUUAAUAAAGCGAUGCUUGAACCCCCUUUCCCAAUCCUUCAGUGUCUGUCUGCAUAAUUCUGCGAUAUUUCCUGCAUUAUUGAACCCAUAAGGCUGUGGAAGGAGAAGAUUAGGAGGGAGUUUUUCUGACUGUGGUUUCAUCCCUAAUGUCACCCUAUUCCCUACAUAGUGUACUACUUUUGGGCCCUGUUCAAAAACAGUGCAGUAAAUAGGGAAUAGGGUGCAAUUUUAGAUGAAACGUGUCUGAUCCAGACCCCCCUCCAUCUCUUUCCCUCUUUCUGCCAGUCCCCAUCAGCCUCCUCUCUGGACUGCAAUACAGACCUCUGGUUGAUUUAUUUAACUGCACAACGAGGGACUGAAUGAAUAAUACAUUAGAAUAUUAAAAGACCUUGGCUUAUGUUUCACUUUCUUAAAUAUGUUUUACUUUUUACCCCUUUUUCUCCCCAAUAUCGUGAUAUCCAAUUGGUAGUUACAGUCUUGUCCUAUUGCUGAAACUCCCGUACGGACUUGGGAGAGGCGUCCUCCGAAACACGACCCUGCCAAGCCGCACUUCUUCUUGAUACACUGCUUGCUUAACCCGGAAGCCAGCCGCACCAAUGUGUCAGAGGAAACACAGUACAGCUGGCGACCGUGUCAGCGUGCAUGCGCCUGGCCCGCCACAGGAGUCGCUAGAGUGCUAUGGGACAAGGACAUCCCGGCCGGCCAAACCCUCCCCUAACCCGGACGACGCUGGGCCAAUUGUGCACUGCUUCAUGGGUCUCCCGGUCGCAGCCGGCUGCGACACAGCCUGGGAUCGAACCCGGAUCUGUAGUGACGCCUCAAGCACUUUUUAAACAACUAAUUAACUGCCGUCAGUUUUAAUUAUUUGAAUUUCAUUUCAUUAGGGAUUUUUCUGUGAACUCAAUGCGCAGUUUCUCUAGAGAUUAAUCAGAUCAAGCCUGAACUGUGCAAUGUAGUAGGGAGUUGUAGUUUUCAACAGGCCAAUAUUCUACAUAGUUUAGCACAUAACUUGGUAAUUAACUACAAUGACCAUAAUCCAUUGCGUGCCUACUUGUCCGGUCUGUGUGAGGCAGACACAAAGAGACAGAAGAAUGUGCGAUCGAGAGGGAUAGCGAGCAGUUGCUUCGAGGUAUCUCUACCUGAAAAUACAUGAUCUAAGUGAUUGAUAGUUGGUAUUCAGCAGUCAUAAAAGUAUGCCUUAUUUACUUUGAAGAAAUACUAAAAUAGUGAUUUUGUCAGACAGCAUAGGAAGCAGCUCUAUUGAGAUGAUGGCUUGAAAUUAAAUAAUAAAGUCAUCAAAUAAAACAAAUGUAAUAUACACAACAGCUGAACUAUUUUAUUUAAGUAAAGUAAUGUGAAUAAAUGACGUUUAAGUGAAAAGCAGUAAUCAGCAGUCACUGCCAUCAUGGGACUUUUAUUAAUUGUUUUAUUCUGUGUUACAGCAUUCAACCCACAUAAUGCAUAAUGCAUUUAAUGUUUUUAAAAGAAAUCAUCAAAAUCGGAAACUGUGAUUAUUCCUUAACUAUCUAACCGAAAUCGACCUCAGAAAGUACUAAUCACUCAACACUACUUGGCUCAGGCUGUCUGGUGUUUUUGAUUAUGUAAUAGCCUUCAGCUGUAAUUAAUAAACGAGCGCUGAUGUUGUGGUGAGUUGACUGCCUGGGACAAUAGUUUAGAAUCCCAACUGGUUCUUCUGGGUGACACAUCAGCCUCUUGUUCUGCGUUUUCUGUUUACAACAUUUUAAUCUCUUGGGAUUUCAACUGAAGUCCAAACAUAUAUUAUUUGGCAGAAAUAUGCUAAAUUUGCUUUAAGCACAGAAACACACACACACACACACAAACACACACACACACACACACACACACACACACUACUUUUAAUUGGCUCUCCUGAUAGAUAACAUAACUUGCAUCCCUACAGUUUAUAAAAAUCUGAAGUACUUUGCAUAUGAAUGCAUUUUGUUAAAGGUCACUACUGUUAAGAAAUCACCUUACCUUUAUAACUGAAUAAUGAAUCGUGAACAAAGCUCCUAGGUUCAUGGAGAUCUUGCCCGGCUCAUCCUGUAGUCCUACAUGGGCUAGUAGACUACAUUACCCAUCCACCCGCUUUCCUACCUGGGCUAGACUGUACCACCCCGUGUCUACAACCUGUUUUACCUGUAAUGGACUACACUACCAUCCACCCCGGCUGUAGUAGAUCCCCUCAAUGAUAGCCAGGUGGUUGGAUGUUGAGAUGAUUGAAACAAAUCACCUAAUCUCUGGGCGCCUUGCUCAGCUCAACCCUGGUGAUCAAACCGUUUGUCAAUGCUCUGUGGGUUUCUGUGUUUUUCUAGGCUUAUGUGUGUGUCUACUAGUGCUUACCUGUUUGCUUUGUCUCUUUCCCUUCCCUUCCACUCCUCCUCACCCAAUUCUCAGUUUUCCCUUUCUUGAAGAUCGGUAAACUGGAGAUAAAGCAUUCUUGUUUUACUCUGCCCUCGAUCUCCUCUCAAUUUUAUGGAUGAAUUUUUAUCAGUGACAAUAUUUAGUUAUCAGAAAUGUGGUUUAUUCAUAUUAGGUGUCUCUGCUGCCUGUAUGGUUAUUGUUUGUUUGUGUUUGUGACUGCCUACUAGUUGUGAUGCCUUGCUCGACUCUCUCUUCGUACUGUAUGGAUGCUCUGUAGGCUUGCCAAGUCGUGGCAUGUGAAUGCUUUUUAAAUAAUGAUGUUUAAUGCAACUAUGAUGUUGAUACGAUAUGGAUUACAAUUAUAAUCCUGAAUAUUAAGGCUAUACUCACUUCAUGUUACACACAUAGACACUCAACCAUGCAAAUUGGCUGGGUUAUUAUUUAUUUAGACGUCACACAUUUAUAGACUUACUCUUAUCCAGACUAGGGCUAUUGCGGUGACCGUAUUAAUGCCACACCGGCGGUCGCGAGUCAUUACAUUUACAUUUUACAUUUACGUCAUUUAGCAGACGCUCUUAUCCAGAGGGACUUACAAAUUGGUGCAUUCACCUUAUAGCCAGUGGGAUAACCACUUUACAAUAUGUUUUUAUUUAUUUUUUUGGGGUGGGGUAAGGGGGGGUAGAAGGAUUACUUUAUCCUAUCCCAGGUAUUCCUUAAAGAGGUGGGGUUUCAAGUGUCUCCGGAAGGUGGCGAGUGACUCCGCUGUCCUGGCGUCGUGAGGGAGCUUGUUCCACCAUUGGGGUGCCAGAGCAGCGAACAGUUUUGACUGAGCUGAGCGGGAACUGUGCUUCCGCAGAGGUAGGGGGGCCAGCAGGCCAGAGGUGGAUGAACGCAAUGCCCCCGUUUGGGUGUAGGGACUGAUCAGAGCCUGAAGGUACAGAGGUGCCGUUCCCCUCACAGCUCCAUAGGCAAGCACCAUGGUAUUGUAGCAGAUGCGAGCUUCAACUGGAAGCCAGUGGAAUGUGCGGAGGAGCGGGGUGUCGUGAGAGAACUUGGGAAGGUUGAACACCAGACGGGCUGCGGCAUUCUGGAUGAGUUGUAGGGGUUUAAUGGCACAGGCAGGGAGCCCAGCCAACAGCGUGUUGCAGUAAUCCAGACGGGAGAUGACAAGUGCCUGGAUUAGGACCUGUGCCCCUUCCUGUGUAAGGCAGGGUCGUACUCUCCGAAUGUUGUAGAGCAUGAACCUACAGGAUCGGGUCACCGCCUUGAUGUUAGCGGAGAACGACAGGGUGUUGUCCAGGGUCACGCCAAGGCUCUUCACACUCUGGGAGGAGGACACAACGGAGUUGUCAACCGUGAUGGCGAGAUCAUGGAACGGGCAGUCCUUCCCCGGGAGGAAGAGCAGCUCCGUCUUGCUGAGGUUCAGCUUGAGGUGGUGAUCCGUCAUCCACGCUGAUAUGUCUGCCAGACAUGCAGAGAUGCGAUUCGCCACCUGGUUAUCAGAAGGGGGAAAGGAGAAGAUUAGUUGUGUGUCGUCUGCGUAGCAAUGAUAGGAGAGGCCAUGUGAGGAUAUGACAGAGCCAAGUGACUUGGUGUAUAGCGAGAAUAGGAGAGGGCCUAGAACUGAGCCCUGGGGGACACCAGUGGUGAGCGCACCAGUGGUGACAGAUUCUCGCCACGCCACUUGGUAGGAGCGACCGGUCAGGUAGGACGCAAUCCAAGAGUGAGCCGCGCCGGAGAUGCCCAACUCGGAGAGGGUGGAGAGGAGGAUCUGAUGGUUCACAGUAUCAAAGGCAGCAGACAGGUCUAGAAGGACAAGAGCAGAGGAGAGAGAGUUAGCUUUAGCAGUGCGGAGAGCCUCCGUGACACAGAGAAGAGCAGUCUCAGUUGAAUGACCAGUCUUGAAACCUGACUGGUUUGGAUCAAGAAGGUCAUUCUGAGAGAGAUAGCAAGAGAGUUGGCUAAAGACGGCCCGCUCAAGAGUUUUGGAGAGAAAAUAAAGUAGGGAUACUGGUCUGUAGUUGUUGACAUCAGAGGGAUCGAGUGUUGGUUUUGAAGGCAGUCAAAUUCCACGUGACCAUUUAGUCACGGUAAUUAGGCUUCUCCAAGCUCUGAUGCUGCUGCUGGUCAUUUGUAGCCUACCAAACUUGCAAACUGCCUGGUACUCAACACUCUUGUCCCUCUAAUCACUCUGACAUCAAUGCAAAUGUAAUCGAACACUUCAUGAGAGCUCAUGUUGUGCAACAUUUCUAUAGGCUGUGCAGUUGCACGAGAAAACGGAGUGCCCAUCAACUUUCUAAAGGCUAGGUGAGGGAAAAAAGUAUUUGAUCCCCUGCUGAUUUUGUACGUUUGCCCACUGACAAAGAAAUGAUCAGUCUAUAAUUUUAAUGGUAGGUUUAUUUGAACAGUGAGAGACAGAAUAACAACAAAAAUAUCCAGAAAAACGCAUGUCAAAAAUGUUAUAAAUGUAUUAGCAUUUUAAUGAGGGAAAUAAGUAUUUGACACCCUCUCAAUCAGAAAGAUUUCCGGCUCCCAGGUGUCUUUUAUACAGGUAACGAGCUGAGAUUAGGAGCACACUCUUAAAGGGAGUGCUCCUAAUCUCAGCUUGUUACCUGUAUAAAAGACACCUGUCCACAGAAGCAAUCAAUCAAUCAGAUUCCAAACUCUCCACCAUGGCCAAGACCAAAGAGCUCUCCAAGGAUGUCAGGGACAAGAUUGUAGACCUACACAAGGCUGGAAUGGGCUACAAGACCAUCGCCAAGCAGCUUGGUGAUAAGGUGACAACAGUUGGUGCGAUUAUUCGCAAAUGGAAGAAACACAAAAUAACUGUCAAUCUCCCUCGGCCUGGGGCUCCAUGCAAGAUCUCACCUCGUGGAGUUGCAAUGAUCAUGAGAACAGUGAGGAAUCAGCCCAGAACUACAAGGGAGGAUCUUGUCAAUGAUCUCAAGGCAGCUGGGACCAUAGUCACCAAGAAAACAAUUGGUAACACACUACGCUGUGAAGGACUGAAAUCCUGCAGCGCCCGCAAGGUCCCCAUGCUCAAGAAAGCACAUAUACAGGCCCGUCUGAAGUUUGCCAAUGAACAUCUGAAUGAUUCAGAGGAGAACUGGGUGAAAGUGUUGUGGUCAGAUGAGACCAAAAUCGAGCUCUUUGGCAUCAACUCAACUCGCCGUGUUUGGAGGAGGAGGAAUGCUGCCUAUGACCCCAAGAACACCAUCCCCACCGUCAAACAUGGAGGUGGAAACAUUUGCUUUGGGGGUGUUUUUCUGCUAAGGGGACAGGACAACUUCACCGCAUCAAAGGGACGAUGGACCGGGCCGUGUACCAUCAAAUCUUGGGUGAGAACCUCCUUCCCUCAGCCAGGGCAUUGAAAAUGGGUCGUGGAUGGGUAUUCCAGCAUGACAAUGACCCAAAACACAUGGCCAAGGCAACAAAGGAGUGGCUCAAGAAGAAGCACAUUAAGGUCCUGGAGUGGCCUAGCCAGUCUCCAGACCUUAAUCCCAUAGAAAAUCUGUGGAGGGAGCUGAAGGUUCGAGUUGCCAAAUGUCAGCCUCGAAACCUUAAUGACUUGGAGAAAAUCUGCAAAGUGGGACAAAAUCCCUCCUGAGAUGUGUGCAAACCUGGUGGCCAACUACAAGAAACGUCUGACCUCUGUGAUUGCCAACAAAGGUUUUGCCAUCAAGUACUAAGUCAUGUUUUGCAGAGGGGUCAAAUACUUAUUUCCCUCAUUAAAAUGCAAAUCAAUUCAUAAUAUUUUUGACAUGCGUUUUUCUGGAUUUCUUUGUUAUUCUGUCUCUCACUGUUCAAAUAAACCUACCAUUAAAAUUAUAGACUGAUCAUUUCUUUGUCAGUGGGCAAACGUACAAAAUCAGCAGGGGAUCAAAUACUUUUUUCCCUCACUGUAUAUAUUUCUAAACUUUCCUAAUAUUAAGCACAUUGCUUAUAUUUACAACUGGAGUAUAGCCUACCUGACUGGCAUGAAAAUGAACCACGGGAAAAGCGUCCUCCAUUUGCUAUUUAAGUGCAUAGAUUACGUAUUUUUUCCCGCUGCCCCUGUUUUGAUACAGGUGCAUGAUAAUGGUUCAUUCUAAAUCAAAACAAUUUCACACACAUAUUAUUUAGUAUAUGCAAAGACAAGAUUAAAUCAAGAAUAGUCUGAUGGGUGACAAUAUUAGCCUAUCAAUUGUGAAUUAUAUGUUAUCACUUGUGAAUGAUGCCCAGCAUAAGAAACAAUUCCUUUUUUUUCCCGACUUUUUUCGAAUCAUGGUCGCACACCUCAUGUAGCCUAGCCCAUAGGCCUAUAUGUUUUUUAAAAGUAUUAUUUAACCUUUACAAGGGGUGUAGAGCCUAACUGGCAUAUGUAAGCAGCAUGUGAGUUUCAAGUUUGGGGAAGAUAAUUUUCACCAUAAAAAUGCACCUUUAUAAUAAAAGCAUUUCAUGCAUAAUUGCAUUUGCGGUCACUUUUGAUAAUGGUGUUUAACAGCUAAUGGAACAUUUGCGCUUAUAGCAUACUGCCAUGUGCGCAUUGCUGUGCUUAUAAUGUAAAGAAAUAGCCUAAUAGUUGAUCUUUUAAGCUAAACGUUCUGAUCGGUUGCGUCAGCCACAUUGCGUAAAAAAGUUUUUUUGAUGCUAGUGGUUGUAUUAAUUUGGUAUCUAUCGCAUCCCACAACUGUCCCAGACUAUGUUUGGAAUAUUUAUUUAUCGCACAGAAUAGAAUAGGUCGACUUUUGUAGGUACGGGGGAUAGUAGAUUGACAAGGCUAGUGCUUUUGCUGUUCGUUAGGCCUACUCAUCUUGUUGGCUGACGAAAAGUAAAUGUGGACAGUUCUUCCAAUAUCUUCAAUAUGCACCUCGGAAUUGGAUAAGGACACACGCAGUUGCAUCCCCGAUGUGUCUGUCUUCACUUGUAGCCUGUGAGAAAGACCCGAUCACGCGAUGGAGAGCAAUGUGAGUAAGAGGUGCUUCCGAGCGCGCAGCACUCAGGGGGAAGGUCAUGUCUUUUUUUAGGGUGCAUUACGGCCACACAAAGGGCUGCCGCCGUGAAAUUCUAGGCAUUAUCAAGUGCUUGUCAAAUUGUGAAUGAGUGACUGAUGAAGUGUGUACAGCCUGCGGAAAAAAACAAAGCAGAGCUCAUGCCUUUUCAAGCGACUUUUUUCAAAUCAUUAUUAGUCGCAUCAUGCAGCCUUACAAUGUAUUAAAAAUCAAAACAUAUAGCCCAACGUUUGUAGAACAACUAAAGUUACAUUAAUAACUCUAAAUUAAGCAUAUAGGAAUACCUAUUUCUUUGUUAACCACUCAACACAGAAUAGCCGCAUGUGCGCACUCCCUCAAAUCGUUUGGAGGAAAUAUCCUUUCUAUUUUAUUCAGCUUUGUUCAAUUGUAUUCUUCAUACUAUAAAAUAAUGCCAUGGAAUUCUAAGCAAAUCUUAUCUGCUAAAUGAACUAGUGUAGCUCACAGCCAUUUGGCAUAGCCAGAUCAAGACCUAACAUAAGGACAACUCAUAGUAUGCUAUUUUGUUCUUCUGAAAUAGACUACAUUUUCUUCAUAUCAUGCUUCUUUAGACCUGUCUAAAAUAAAUAAUGGAUUUAUUGCGAAGGUGUAGGCUAUUACAUUGAUUUAUUAGACUUUUUAAAAUGUACAGUCGUUGUCAAAGGUUUUGAGAAUGACACAAAUACUAAUUUUCACAAAGUCUGCUGCCUCAGUUUUGAUGAUGCCAAUUUGCAUAUACUCCAUAAUGUCAUGAAGAGUGAUCAGAUGAAUUGCAAAGUCCAUCUUUGCCAUGAAAAGAGUGUUGACGAGGACAAGGCUGGAGAUCACUCUGUCAUGCUGAUUGAGUUAGAAUAACAUUUACAUUUUUACAUUUUUAGUCAUUUAGCAGACGCUCUUAUCCAGAGCGAUUUACAGGAGCAAUUAGGGUUAAGUGCCUUGCUCAAGGGCACAUCGACAGAUUUUUCACCUAGUCGGCUUGGGGAUUAGAACCAGCGACCUUUCGGUUACUGGCACAACGCUCUUAACCACUAAGCUACCUGCUGGAGACUAAUAACAGACUGGAAGCUUUAAAAGGAGGGUGGUGCUUGAAAUCAUUGUUCUUCCUCUGUUAACCAUGGUUACCUGCAAGGAAACACGUGCUGUCAUCAUUGCUUUGCACAAAAAGGGCUUCACAGGCAAGGAUAUUGCUGCUAGUAAGAUUGCACCUAAAUCAACCAUUUAUCGGAUCAUCAAGAACUUCAAGGAGAGAGGUUCAAUUGUUGUGAAGAAGGCGUCAGGGCGCCCAAGAAAUCCAGCAAGCGCCAGGACCGUCUCCUAAAGUUGAUUUAGCUGCGGGAUCGGGGCAUCACCAGUGCAGAGCUUGCUCAGGAAUGGCAGCAGGCAGGUACGAGUGCAUCUGCACGCACAGUGAGGCAAAGACUUUUGGAGGAUGGCCUGGUGUCAAGAAGGGCAGCAAAGAAGCCACUUCUCUCCAGGAAAAACAUCAGGGACAGACUGAUAUUCUGCAAACGGUACAGGGAUUGGACUGCUGAGCCUGGGGUAAAGUAAUUUUCUCUGAUGAAUCCCCUUUCCGAUUGUUUGGGGCAUCCGGAAAACACCUUGUCCGGAGAAGACAAGGUGAGCGCUACCAUCAGUCCUGUGUCAUGCCAACAGUAAAGCAUCCUGAGGCCAUUCAUGUGUGGGGUUGCUUCUCAGCCAAGGGAGUGGGCUCACUCACAAUUUUGCCUAAGAACACCGCCAUGAAUAAAGAAUGGUACCAACACAUCAUCCGAGAGCAACUUCUCCCAACCAUCCAAGAACAGUUUGGUGACGACCAAUGCCUUUUCCAGCAUGAUGGAGCACCUUGCCAUAAGGCAAAAGUGAUAACUAAGUUGCUCGGGGAACAAAACAUAGACAUUUUGUGUCCAUGGCCAGGAAACUCCCCAGACCAAUACUUGUAUCAUUCUCAAAACUUUUGACCACGACUGUAGAUGUUCCAAAGGUCUGCAUCAGUGGCUUGUAGGCUAUGUGUGGAAGCCAGGAGAUGCUAAAUGUGUUUAUGUUAAUUAACGGUCAAUUACCGUAAGACCAACAGUUAUUUGCUUGACAAUCACCCGCUGAUGAAAUUUCGUGACCGCCACAGCCAUAAUCCAGACAUCAUACACACUCUCACUAAAUCACAUCCAAUAUCACACACGUCAACCUACUCAGAUCUACUACACACAUAAUAUCUUGACUCAAUUUUCUAACAUCUGUGGCAUUGGCUCACAGGCAAACAGGCAAUAAUAAAAUAUAAAACAAAUUACAAAAAAAAGAGAACAAAAAGAACAUGAAAACACCAGUUGCUUUGUGCAUAUUGCUUGAACCUUUUUCUUGAAUUCUAAACAUCAGACAUUUGAAAUCAUUAAUUUUGACCGUCAUCAUACCUCUUAUGGCAGUAGUUUUACAAGUGCUAAUUAUUUUAAAUUUAGAUUGAGAAUAUUAUCUAGUUAUGGUAAAGAGUGAAAUAAGUAUAGCCAGUUAUAAUUGUAAUAUUUUAGCAGAUUAUAAGAACAAUCAGUCUUUAUGUGGCUAAAAGAAAAGGAAUAUAACAUAUACUGUUUACAGGAAACUCACUCUACAUCUUUUUAGAUUAAGUUGCGUGGAAAAAGGAAUGGGGUGGUGAAAUAAUUUUCUGUCAUGGACAAAGGAACUCAAAAGGUGUGAUGAUACUAAUUAACAAAAAUGCCGAUCCGAAUGUGCAAACAGUCAGGAAUGAUCCGCAAGGAAGGUGGACCCUUUUGAAUAUGAAAAUGGAUGUAAAAACAGACUUGGCUCAUUAAUCUAAUAUGGUCUAAAUAAGGAUGAUCCACACUUCUUCAAAAAUAUGUAUAUACCAAUCUAUUGAAUUUACAGGCAACAAGCGAUCAAACCAUUUAUGGUGGGAGACUAACACCAGAGUUAAGUAUAUCAAUGAACCGUAAAGGAAAUCACUCUACAAACUAUCACCAUGCACUUAAGGUGAUCACAAAUAUAAUGGACACAUUAGAAAUAGUGGAUAUUUGGAGACUAAAAAACCCUGACCUAGUGAGAUAUACAUGGAGGAGACUUAAUCAAGCUAGUCGUCUUGACUACUUUCUUGUCUCUUUCUCUCUUGCAUCAAAGGUUAAAAAAGUAUUGGUAGGAGACAGAAGGGAUCGGACCAUUAUCUAAUUGGCCUUCACAUUACUCUUACAGAAUUUCCUUUUGGACUGGGAUAUUGGAAAUAUAAUCAAAGUCUACUGGAGGACAAUUUAUGCUUAACUAAGACCAAAAUACUUUAACUGAAUUAUUCCAGUACAUUAGUUGUUCAGAAAAUCCCCUUAUUGUUUGGGAUACCUUUAAAUGUACUGUACCUUUCAGAGUUCAUUCAAUUCAAUAUUCAUCAGUAAAGAAAAAGCAGUUUCUGUCUAAAGAGACAAGACUAACAAGGGAAAUACAGGAACUAACAGUACAGGUAGAUAGCAAUAAAAACCAUACUACAGAGAUCCAAAACAAGUUAGAGGAAAAACAAAAAGAACUGGAGGAACUUAUUCAACAACGAUCUAAUGUAAUCAAUUACAAAAAUAAAGCAAACUGGAUGUAAAAAAAAAAUCUUCCUGAAUCUUCAACAUAGGAACGCUACCAAAAAUAAUUUGCAAAAACUCAUUGCUAAAGAUGGAGUUAUCCAUGAUUCUCCAAAAUGAUAUUUUAAGAGGAAGCUAAAUACACUGCUAAAAAAAAAUAAAGGGAACACUAAAAUAACACAUCCUAGAUCUGAAUUAAUGAAAUAAUCUUAUUAAAUACUUUUUUCUUUACAUAGUUGAAUGUGCUGACAACAAAAUCACACAAAUAUUAUCAAUGGAAAUCAAAUGUAUCAACCCAUGGAGGUCUGGAUUUGGAGUCACCCUCAAAAUUAAAGUGGAAAACCACACUACAGGCUGAUCCAGCUUUGAUGUAAUGUCCUUAAAACAAGUCAAAAUGAGGCUCAGUAGUGUGUGUGGCCUCCACGUGCCUGUAUGACCUCCCUACAACGCCUGGGCAUGCUCCUGAUGAGGUGGCGGAUGGUCUCCUGAGGGAUCUCCUCCCAGACCUGGACUAAAGCAUCCGCCAACUCCUGGACAGUCUGUGGUGCAACGUGGCGUUGGUGGAUGGAGCGAGACAUGAUGUCCCAGAUGUGCUCAAUUGGAUUCAGGUCUGGGGAACGGGCGGGCCAGUCCAUAGAAUCAAUGCCUUCCUCUUGCAGGAACUGCUGACACACUCCAGCCACAUGAGGUCUAGCAUUGUCUUGCAUUAGGAGGAACCCAGGGCCAACCGCACCAGCAUAUGGUCUCACAAGGGGUCUGAGGAUCUCAUCUCGGUACCUAAUGGCAGUCAGGCUACCUCUGGCGAGCACAUGGAGGGCUGUGCGGCCCCCCAAAGAAAUGCCACCCCACACCAUUACUGACCCACCGCCAAACCGGUCAUGCUGGAGGAUGUUGCAGGCAGCAGAAUGUUCUCCACGGCGUCUCCAGACUCUGUCACGUCUGUCACGUGCUCAGUGUGAACCUGCUUUCAUCUGUGAAGAGCACAGGGCGCCAGUGGCGGAUUUGCCAAUCUUGGUGUUUUCUGGCAAAUGCCAAACGUCCUGCACGGUGUUGGGCUGUAAGCACAACCCCCACCUGUGGACGUCGGGCCCUCAUACCACCCUCAUGGAGUCUGUUUCUGACCGUUUGAGCAGACACAUGCACAUUUGUGGCCUGCUGGAGGUCAUUUUGCAGGGCUCUGGCAGUGCUCCUCCUGCUCCUCCUUGCACAAAGGCGAAGGUAGCAGUCCUGCUGCUGGGUUGUUGCCCUCCUACGGCCUCCUCCACGUCUCCUGAUGUACUGGCUUGUCUCCUGGUAGCGCCUCCAUGCUCUGGACACUACGCUGACAGACACAGCAAACCUUCUUGCCACAGCUCGCAUUGAUGUGCCAUCCUGGAUGAGCUGCACUACCUGAGCCACUUGUGUGGGUUGUAGACUCCGUCUCAUGCUACCACUAGAGUGAAAGCACCGCCAGCAUUCAAAAGUGACCAAAACAUCAGCCAGGAAGCAUAGGAACUGAGAAGUGGUCUGUGGUCACCACCUGCAAAACCAGUCCUUUAUUGGGGGUGUCUUGCUAAUUGCCUAUAAUUUCCACCUGUUGUCUAUUCCAUUUGCACAACAGCAUGUGAAAUGUAUUGUCAGUGUUGCUUCCUAAGUGGACAGUUUGAUUUCACAGAAGUGUGAUUGACUUGGAGUUACAUUGUGUUGUUUAAGUGUUCCCUUUAUUUUUUUAAGCAGUGUAUUUUAAACAGAUGUUUUCUUUUCUGUCUCCUCGCCCUCUGAAUGACGAUUACUGUAAGGAAUUCUUUCAAAUGUAUUUAUUUUUUAUUACAUUUUAUUUACAAAUGCACAAUAUCAGUGCGAAGGCCAAAUUACAGAGGAAUAACUUUUGGAGCCAUUUAAAUCCUUUCAGCCUGGAAAAAACCCAGGGCUUGAUAGCUUACCGGUAGAGGUAAAUCAAUCUUUUUUUGAUAUACUCAAAGCUCCAUUAUUAGCUUGUUUUACUACCAUUUCUAUAGGAGUAGUUAUGUCAGGUACUCAGCAGGAAGGUCUGAUUUCACUAUUAUUAAAACAAAUAUACUAUUAUUAAAACAAAUAUAAAGAUUUUAAACUGGAGGCCUCUUAAACUUAAAUGUUGUGUUGCAAAAAUACUAGCGAAAUACAUAGCACUCAGUUUUUCACAUGGAUGAUAUAUUUGUGAUAAUAUACAACAACUACUAGAAAUAGUAGAACAACAUGAAACAUCUAAGAAACCAGGCCUAGUUAUUAAUAGCGGAUUUUGAAAAGGCCUUUGAUAAAGUAAGACAGAAUUGUAUGUAUAAAUGGCUGGAUUCUUUUCAAUGUUGGUGAGUCUCUUAUUCAAUGGGUAAAAGUAAUGUAUAGCAACCCCAGGUGUAAAAUAGUAAAUAGCGUCUACUUCUCAGAGUUUUGAACUGUCAAGAGGAGUUAAACAAGGGUGUCCGCUGUCACCAUAUCUAUUCGUUAUGGCCAUCGAAAUGCUAGCUAUUAAAAUCAGAUCAAAUAACAGAGGAUUAGAAAUCCAAGGCUUAAAAACAAAGGUGUCCAUGUAUGCCAAUGAGUCAAGUCUGCAAGCUAGAUCCCUGCAAUGUCUCAUUGAAGAUCAAGAUAACUCUUCUGGCCUCUGGACUAAAACCUAAUUAUGAUAAGUGUACCAUAUUACGUAUUGGAUCUUUAAAAAGAACACAACUUUUACAUUACCCUGCAGUUUACCUAUAAAAUGGGCUGACGGUGAAGUAGACAUACUUGGUGUUCAUAUCACAAAAUGUAUAAAUGAUCUCUCCACAAUGAAUUUCAGUAGAAAACUAGUAAAAAUAGACAAGAUCCUGCAACCAUGGAGAGGUAAAUACCUGUCUAUUUAUGGAAAAAUGACACUGAUUUAACUCCUGAUUAUUCGUUUUUCAAAUCAUAUGAGCAAAAAAUAUUUCGCUUUAUCUGGAAUGCUAAACCAGACAGGAUAAAGCGUGCCUAUCUAUAUAAUUAUUAUGAACUGGGUGGGCAGAGAUUAUUUAAUAUAAAAGCACUAAACCUCUCUCUCAAAACUUCACUUAUUUAAAAGUUUUACUUGAACCCAAAAUGGUUCUCAAGUAGAUUACUAACAAAAGCUCAUCCCUUGUUUAAAAACGGCCUUUUUGCCUUUGUGCAGAUUGCCAUGUCUCUUUUCCGAUUAAUUGACAACAACAAAUAUUAGGGUUGAACUCAAAUGUGCUUGUUGAAAAAAGACCUGUAUUAAUAGAAAAUAUGUUUGAAAAUUGUAUUUUGUUUUUACAUGAUGUUGUAAAUUGGAAUGGUAGAGUUAGGUAUUUCAUGAAGCUAUCGGAAUUGGAUGGGAAGGUCUGCUCAAUCCAAGAUUACAACCAAUUGAUUACAGCAUUAUCCCAAAAAUGGGGGUGGCAGCGGGAGGAGGUAGGGAACUGGUCUGACUGACCAAUAUAAAGGAUCAAAACUGGCAGAGGAACAAAAAUAGCAUAAAUAGGAAAGUAUACCAGUUUCAUUUAAGGACCUGGAUGUUUACAGCCGUGCCAUACAGAUAUCAAAAUAGCUGGGAAGAGAUUUUUGAUGUACGGAUUCAGUGGCACAGGGUGAAUGACUUGAUAUAUAAAACGACGCAAGAUUCAAGACUUCUUGUACAGAAAUUAUUGUACAGAAUUCUUGCCACCAAGAAAAUGUUAAAUAUUUGGGGCAUACAAUCAUCGCAGCUCUGCAGAUUUUGUUGCGAGGAUACAGAAUCAAUGGACCUUUUGUUCUGGUAUUGCCCUCAGAUAGCCUGUUUCUGGUCUCAGGUUCAGAAAUGGCUGAAAAAGCAUAACAUUAGUCUAAAAUUGACCCUAGAAAUAGCAUUGUUGGGAGAUUUGGAGAGACCUGGUCUGUCAAUUACUAAUACUCUUAGUUAAAGUAUUUACCUUCAACUUGCAGUCUGUGGAUUCUAUUCGAUUAGAUAGAUUCAAAUUGUAUGUUAAACAUCACAGCAUAGUUGAAAGAUACACUACAUGACCAAAAGUAUGUGGACACCUGCUCAUCGAACAUAUCAUUACAAAGUCAUGAGCAUUACAAUGGAGUUGGUCUCCCCUUUCCUGCUAUAACCGCCUCCACUCUUCUGGGAAGGCUUUCUACUAGAUGUUGGAACAUUGCUGUGGGCAAUUGCUUCCAUUCAGUCACGAGCAUUAGUGAGGUCGGGCACGGAUGUUGGGUGAUUAGGCCUGGCUCGCAGUCGGCCUUCCAAUUCUUUCCAAAGGUGUUCGAUAGGGUUGAGGUCAGGGCUCUGCGCAGGCCAGUCAAGUUCUUCCACACCGAUCUCGACAAACAAUUUCUGUAUGGACCUCGCUUUGUGCACAGGGUCAUUGUCAUGCUGAAACAGGAAAGGGCCUUCCCCAAACCGUUGCCACGAAGUUGGAAGCACAGAAUCGUCUAGAAUGUCAUUGUAUGCUGUAGCGUUCACCUGGCAUCCGCCAAACCCAGAUUCGUCAGUCGGACUGCCAGAUGGUGAAGCGUUAUUCAUCACUCCAGAGAACGUGUUUCCACUGCUCCAGAGUCCAAUGGCGACGAGCUUUACCCCACUCCAGCUGACGCUUGGCAUUGCGCAUUUUGAUCUUAGGCUUGUGUGCGGUUGCUCGGCCAUGGAAACCCAUUUCAUGAAGCUCCCAACGAACAGUUAUUGUGCUGACAUUGCUUCCAGAGGCAGUUUGGAACUCGGUAGUGAGUGUUGUAACCGAGGACAGAAGAUUUUUUCGCGCUACUUGCUUCAGCACUCGCAGGUCCCGUUCUGUGAGCUUGUGUGGACUACCACUUCGCGGCUGAGCCGUUAUUGCUCCUAGACGUUUCCACUUCACAAUAACAGCACUAAAUCCGUAAACAUGGGCACCCUCAUAGAUAUCAUCCUGACUAACUUACCCUCUAAAUUCACCUCCGCUGUCUUCAACCAGGAUCUCAGCGAUCACUGCCUCAUUGCCUGUGUCCGCGGUCAAACGACCACCCCUCAUCACUGUCAAACGCUCCCUAAAACACUUUAGCGAGCAGGCCUUCCUAAUUGACCUGGCCCAGGUAUCCUGGAUGGAUAUCGAUCUCAUUCCGUCAGUAGAGGAUGCCUGGUUGUUCUUUAAAAGUGCUUUCCUCUCAAUCUUAAAUAAGCAUGCCCCAUUCAAAAAAUGCAGAACUAAGAACAGAUAUAGCCCCUGGUUCUCCUCAGGCUUGACUGCCCUUGACCAGCACAAAAACAUCCUGUUAUCAUCGAAUAGCCCCCGCGAUAUGCAACUUUUCAGGGAAGUUAGGAACAAGCAGUUAGGAAAGCAAAGGCUAACUUUUUCAAACAUAAAUUUGCAUCCUGUAGCACUAACUCCAAAAAGUUUUGGGACACUGUAAAGUCCAUGGAGAAUAAGAGCACCUCCUCCCAGCUGCCCACUGCACUGACACUAGGAAACACUAUCACCACCGAUAAAUCUACAAUAAUCGAGAAUUUCAACAAGCAUUUUGCUACGGCAGGCCAUGCUUUCCACCUGGCUACCACUACCCCGGCCACCAACUCUGCACCCUCCGCUGCAACUUGUCCAUGCCCCCCCGCUUCUCCUUCACACAAAUUCAGACAGCUGAUGUUCUGAAAGAGCUGCAAAAUCUGGACCCCUACAAAUCAUAUGGGCUAGACAAUCUGGACCCUUUCUUUCUAAAAUUAGCCGCCGAAAUUGUCGCAACCCCUAUUGCUAGCCUGUUCAACCUCUCUUUCGUAACGUCUGAGAUCCCCAGAGAUUGGAAAGCUGCCGCGGUCAUCCCCCUCUUCAAAGGGGGUGACACUCUAGAUCCAAACUGUUACAGACCUAUAUCCAUCCUGCCCUGCCUUUCGAAAGUAUUUGAAAGCCAAGUUAACAAACAGAUCACCGACCAUUUCGAAUCACACCGUACCUUCUCCGCUAUGCAAUCCGGUUUCCGAGCUGGUCAUGGGUGCACCUCAGCCACACUCAAGGUCCUAAACGAUAUUAUAACCACAAUCGAUAAUAGACAGUACUCUGCAGCUGUCUUCAUCGACCUGGCCAAGGCUUUCGACUCUGUCAACCACCACAUUCUUAUUGGCAGACUAAAUUGCCUUGGUUUCUCAAAUGACUGCCUCGCCUGGUUCACCAACUACUUCUCAGAUAGAGUUCAAAGUGUCAAAUCGGAGGGCCUGUUGUCUGGACCUAUGGCAGUCUCUAUGGGGGUGCCACAGGGUUCAAUUCUUGGGCCGACUCUUUUCUCCGUGUAUAUCAAUGAUGUCGCUCUUGCUGCUGGUGACUCUCAGAUCCACCUCUACGCAGACGACACCAUUUUGUAUACAUCUGGCCCUUCAUUGGACACUGUGUUAACAAACCUCCAAACGAGCUUCAAUGCCAUACAACACUCCUUCUGUAGCCUCCAACUGCUCUUAAACACUAGUAAAACUAAAUGCAUGCUCUUCAAUUGAACUUUGCUGGCACCCGCCCACCCGACUAGAAUCACUACUCUCGACGGGUCUGACCUAGAGUAUGUGGACAACUACAAAUACCUAGGUGUCUGGUUAGACUGUAAACUCUCCUUCCAGACUCACAAUAAGCAUCUCCAAUCCAAAGUUAAAUCUAGAAUCAGCUUCCUAUUUCGCAACAAAGCCUCCUUCACUCAUGCUGCCAUACAUGCCCUCGUAAAACUGACUAUCCUACCGAUUUACAAAAUAGCCUCCAACACUCUACUCAGCAAAUUGGAUGUAGUCUAUCACAGUGCCAUCCGUUUUGUCACCAAAGCCCCAUAUACUACCCACCACUGUGACCUGUACGCUCUUGUUGGCUGGUCCUCACUACAUAUUCGUCGCCUAACCCACUGGCUCCAGACCAUCUAUAAAUCACUGCUAGGCAAAUCCCUGCCUUAUCUUAGCUCAUUGGUCACCAUAGCAACACCCACCCCUAGUAUGCGCUCCAGCAGGUAUAUCUCACUGGUCAUCCCCAAAGCCAACACCUCCUUUGGCCGCCAUUCCUUCCAGUUCUCUGCUGCCAAUGACUGGAACGAACUGCAAAAAUCUCUGAAGCUGGAGACUCUUAUCUCCCUCUCUAACUUUAAGCAUCAGUUGUCAGAGCACCUCACCGAUCACUGCACCUGUACACAGCCCAUCUGAAAUUAGCCCAACCAAAAACCUCAUCCCCAUAUUGUUAUUUAUUUUGCUAAUUUGCACCCCAGUAUCUCUAUUUGCACAUCAUCUCUUGCACAUCUAUCAUUCCAGUGUUAAUACUAAUUGUAAUUAUUUUGCACUAUGGCCUAUUUAUUGCCUUACCUUCAUAACUUGCUACAUUAGCACACUCUGUAUAUAUAUUUUCUGUUGUAUUUGUGACUUAAUGUUUUGUUUUACCCCAUAUGUAACUCUGUGUUGUUGUUUUUAUCGCACUGCUUUGCUUUAUCUUGGCCAGGUCGCAGUUGUAAAUGAGAACUUGUUCUCAACUGGCUUACCUGGUUAAAUAAAGGUGAAAUAAAAAAACACUUACAGUUGACCGGGGCAGCUCUAGCAGGGCAGAAACUUGACGAACUGACUUGUUGGAAAGGUGGCAUCCUAUGACGGUGCCACGUUGAAAGUCACUGUUCUACUGCCAAUGGUUGUCUAUGGAGGAUUUUAUGGCUAUUUGCUUGAUUUUAUACACCUGUCCGCAACGGGUGUGGAUGAAAUAGCCGAAUCCACUAAUUUCAAGGGGUGUCUACAUACCUUUGUAUAUAUAGUGUAUAUGGCGCGGGUGGCCAGCGGAGAUAGGUGGGGUGAAUUGAGGGGAAACUGAAGGUUGGGAUGUGGAACUUGAGACAAGUGGGGGUGGAGUUGCUGGGCAGGGGGUAGAAUGAUGGUCAAAGAUACACGUUUUUUAAAAGUAUGUUUGAAUGACACUGAGGGGGAACGCUGUUACAUCCAAUGCCUGUUUGCCUGAGGCUGAUGCAUACACACACACUCAUUCAAACGCACACAUGUGCACACACACGGACAUACACACAUGUAAAUAGUGCCACACAUGCACUCUAACCCAUAGAGUUGGCCUUGCUGUUUAGAUUGUUGUUGUCCUUUAUGUUUUUUGCUUUGUUUUCAAUUUUUUCUCAUUUGUUAUUUUUGUUGGUUGUUGGCGCAUUAGAUGGCUGGUUGUUUUGGUUGGAUUGGAGGGGGACAGUGGCUUGAGGGUGGGGGUGGGGAGUGGAGGGGGAGGUUUUUCGUGGGGGGGUGGUGGUCUCGGAUGGUUGCGAGGGGCGGCAGGUAGCUUAGUGGUUAAGAGCGUUGUGCCAGUUAUCGAAAGGUCGCUGGUUCUAAUCCCCGAGCCGACUAGGUGAAAAAUCUGCCGAUGUGCCCUUGAGCAAGGCACUUAACCCUAAUUGCUCAUGUAAGUCGCUCUGGAUAAGAGCGUCUGCUAAAUGACGUAUAUGUAUAUGUAUAUGUAUAUGUUGCGGGGCAGCACUUGGGGGAACUGUGGGGGGGGGUUGGUGGCCUGGCGGUUGGGAGCUUGGGCCGGUGGCCGAGAGGUCGCUGGUUCGGGUCCCCGAUUUGACUUGGUGGGAGAUCUGUCACUCUGGAUGGUAGUGUCUGCUAGAUGACUGAACGUAAGGUAAAUGUUGAGCGGCUUCACUGCAGGUAGAUUGAUUGUAUGUUUUAAAAUUCCAUAAAAAAAGCAUUCUGUAUAAGAUUCCCAAGACUGUGCUUAAACCCCCAUCGCCAGUGGGUAUGUGAAGUCCUCCUGAGUCUGGAGCGUUGACCACUCGACCAGAAUCUAGCACAUGAUUUGUGAAUGUUUUUUUCAUGUAUACAAAGUAAAGUGUCUCACAUUGAUGUUGUGUGUGUUCCAGAUGACCAUCUCCCAGCUGAAGGCAGAGCUAGAGAAGGGACCUCAGGAGGCAGCAGUGUACACCCAGCAGAUCCACCAACUACAGACGUCUCUGAUCAACCUGCAGCAACAGAGCCAGGUCUCUCUAACACACACACACACACACACACCAACAACUAGUACUUCCCCUCCCAUAGUUGAAUCGAUGCUCCAUCAGUCCAUGUCACCACCAUCACAAAUUCCCCUCCCGUUAAGACACUUUGAUCGUUUAACAGCUUUACAAUCCUAACAACAGAUGAAACACAAAUACAAACACUCACGCUUCCACUGUAGGAUGUGCUACACGAAAUAGCAAUAGACACGUAGUACCCAAUUUACUGUGACUGCAGUAAUUUGUACAAUCCAUGCCAACUGCCAUUUGCUAAAACAUGCCAGCCUUGCCAGGCCAUUAUUUUAGUCUCUUAAUUAACCCAGCCGCCUCAUAUACCACCGUCUCAUCACAGUGCUCUGCUGUCACCAGCCUGAGAUGAGCGUGCAUUGGCAACAUCGACAUGUUGACAAAACACACACACAGGCCUAUAAUUAAACCAGCAGUGGUUCAUAUCUGCCAUACCCCUGCCCUGGCAACCCGUCACUUUGGGCUGAAAUACGAUCGCAGGUAACCGCAGUGAUGCGCCAGUGUGGCUUUUUAGCUUUAAACUCUCUGGCAACCCCAACAACGGCCCUUAAAGCCCCCCUGUGUCAACCGUGUUAGUCGUGCUGCCGGCACAGCUGCUCUCCAUUCCCCAAGUAGGUGUCUGGGAGAGAGGGGUGAUUAGAGAGGUAGCCCACCAUGGAAGUUAGCCCACCACAGACCUUCCACAAAAAAAAUAGAAUCUCAAUGUGACUUCCCUGGUUAAAUAGAGUAUAAAUAAAUGAAAUGUAAAUCAGUCUGUCUGCAUGGAGACUGGAUACACACAUGCGCUUCUAGGACCACCCACAACGUGGAAAUUAAAUGGGAUGUAUUGGUUGAACAGAGAGAGGAGAGUUGGGUAAAAAUAGAGAGAAGAGGUAGAUACUAGAGAGAGAGAGCGGUACAGUGGAUAGAAAGACGGAAACAGAGAGAGGGGGGGAAAUGUCCAAAUAAAAGAUGCAUAAAGACAGUAGAUGGAGAGAGACAAUUGAGGGAGAGACAAACAAAGGUUUAAACAAGGACAUUGGAAGGAAAAGGAUGGACAGAGGUGUUGAAAGAAGAGAGGGAGAGAUGGAGCCACAGCUGCUGUGGGACAGGAGGAGGACCGGAGAGUGGAGGGGAAAAAGGAUCUGUGUGUGGGAUGUAUUAUGUCCUUGUCACAUCCCCCACUUAGCAGCACUGUCAUUAACAACGUUGUAUUCUUUCAUCGCCCUUGUGCCAAGUUUACUACACACAGUCACAUACAUGUCAGAGACACACACACCCCGGAAUUCAAGUACCUUUCGUAAAACAUGUGCUCAGAAAUAUAAUUUCCCCCCCCCCCCCCCCCUCACCGCUCUGCCUUGCAUGCAGGUCUGUAAGGAUGCUGUGUUAUUUUCAGAGGUUGAACGACCAACAUCACUAUGAUACGUGAGAUGGCAUCUGCACAUUUUGUUUUGCCAAUUGGGAACUGAGCUGUUAAUUAGACUCCUAUUAAAUGAAUCCUCAUAUCCUCACUUUGGUAAACAUCUCCCAACAGCAACUAUUCUAAGGGUGUGUAUAAUACUUUCCAUAACACAUGACCUCAAUCAGAAGAGGGAAGGUUCAUAUGCCCUCUAGCAGAUCGCCCCUCAUGCUAAUCGGUUCGGAGUAUCCAUUUCUGUCUUUCAAAACAUUCUGAAACUAAAGUUCUCUUCACAACCUGUAGGCCAUUUAGCAGACUCUUUUAUCCAAAGCAACUUGCGUUUGUGAUGAUCCCUGCCCGGAAUUGAACCCGCAACCUUGGCGUUGCUAGCGCCGUACUCUUACCAAGGGAGUUACACAGGACCAUAAUCACUAAUCACUAUUCCCCCUCUGGUUCCCUCCCCCAGAGGCUUUCAGAGAAGCUUGGGCGCAGGGAGAAGGAGUUCCAGGAGCUGGAGGACUGCCUGGGGGCUGAGCAGGCCUCCAACAAGACAGCCCAGGCUAGCCUGCACCAGACGGAGCUGGAGGUGCAAGAGCUCCAGGCCCGGGCAGCAGGGGCUGAAGCCAGCCUGCAGAGAGCCCAAGCAGAGCUGGGGGAGAAGGGGGAGGAGGCAGGGAGGCUCCGGAAGGAGGUGGCUGAGCUGGAGGCCAAGCAUGGUGAGGUGAAGGUGGAGAGGAAGCAGCUACAGCAGCAGAGGGAGGAGAGGGAGAGCCAGGGCCUGGCGCAGCAGAGUGAGAUCAGCCAGGUUAGUAGUGACACGGGCACGCACACACAUGUCAGACACACACGCAUGUCAGAAACCCACACACAGGACAGACAGACAGACAUGCGCACAAACACACACGGCCGUGCACACACACACGUACACAGGUCAGACACACAGAGGUGAAACACACACACGCACGUGCACACACAGGUCAACCACACACACAUUCACCUUCACACACACACACACACACCCGCACACACAUCAGCACACGCACAAACAGGUCACACACACAUACAGGUGAGACACACAUGCACAUCUAACAAACUCAGACACUCAGUCUUUGAUCAAUUGUCAGCCUACCUCUUCCUCCUACUCCCCCUCUUCCUCCUACUCCCCCUCUUCCUCCUACUCCCCCUCUUUCUCCUACUCCCCCUCUUCCUCCUACUCCCCCUCUUCCUCCUACUCCCCCUCUUCCUCCUACUCCCCCUCUUCCUCCUACUCCCCCUCUUCCUCCUACUCCCCCUCUUCCUCCUACUCCUACUCCCCCUCUUCCUCCUACUCCCCCUCUUCCUCCUACUCCCCCUCUUCCUCCUACUCCCCCUCUUCCUCCUACUCCUCUGUGUUGUAGCUACAUGCUAAGCUCCUGGAGGCGGAGCGUCAGCUGGGGGAGGUGCAGGGCCGUCUGAAGGAGCAGAGGCAGCUCUCUGGGGAGAAACUGAAGGACCGCGAGCAGCAAGCCGCCGACCUGCAGAUCAAACUGUCCCGCUCAGAGGAACAGGUAGGGACACCACAUGAGUUUCAUAUAGGAUGGGUAUCCACAUAGACAUAGAAUUACUAGAACCGACAUUCAAAUCAAUGUCCUGUGAUUGGUGGAGCAUCAGUCAUAUUGGCCCUUUUUAUUUUUAUGGGAUCAGUAGAGUUGAACAGAGACCGAUAUUGUUAUAGGAUGUAUAUGGAUAUAUGAAGACCUGGGAUUGUUGCACAAGCUUGUUUAUAGAUUGGCCUGUAGUAGAAGUGGGUCUCUAUAGGUGGGGGGGUUUCAGAAUAAGGCCAUAAACUGAGGUACUGUAUUGGGACUGACCACUGUAUGUGUGUCCUGCUGUAGUUGAAGGAGAACAGCAGUAAGACGUUGGACCUGCAGCACCAGCUGGAGAAAGCUAAGCAGCAACACCAGGAGCUCCAGGGCCUGCAGCAGAACACCAACACCAAGCUCAGAGAGGCACAGGUACUACCAGACAUGUCAACGUAGCGCUUAAAGAAAAUAGUUUUGUGUCAGUAUAACUCACCUCUUCCACUGUGUGUAUAGUAGAACCUAUGUGAAGUGAUGUUCAGCACCAGAAAACCCACCACACAUUAGUACAGGGUUGUAUUUAAUACGGCACACCUUAGCAAAACAGAAAACAACAUUUCAUAUUGGACAAGUCCAUGUCGUCCCAUCCUGUUCGUCUAUUUGUUUUCUGUCUGAUGCCUUAUGAACACGACCCAGGACCACUGGGGCUUUAAAUUAAACAUGUUCAUUGGUAGCACUGGUGCUCUCCAAAAAAUAUAUAUCUAUAUAUAUUAAAUAAAUAAAUUAGGAGCACAACAUAAAAGGAGUACCAGAUACACUACCGUUCAAAAGUUUGGGGUCACUUAGAAAUGUCCUUGUUUUCGAAAGAAAAGCAAUGUUUUUGUCCAUUAAAAUAACAUCAAAUUGAUCAGAAAUACAGUGUAGACAUUGUUAAUGUUGUAAAUGGCUGGAAAAUUGCUGAUUUUUAAUGGAAUAUUUACAUAGGCGUACAGAGGCCCAUUAUCAGCAACCAUCAGUCCUGUGUUCCAAUGGCACGUUGUGUUUGCUAAUCCAAGUUUAUCAUUUUAAAAGGCUAAUUGAUCAUUAGUAAACCCUUUUGCAAUUAUGUUAGCACAGCUGAAAACUGUAGUGCUGAUUAAAGAAGCAAUAAAACUGGCCUUCUUGAGACUAGUUGAGUAUCUGGAGCAUCAGCAAUUGUGGGUUAGAUUACAGGCUCAAAAUGUCCAGAAACAAAUAACUUUCUCCUGAAACUCGUCAGUCUAUUCUUGUUAUGAGAAAUGAAGGCUAUUCCAUGCGAGAAAUUGCCAAGGAACUCGUACAACGCUGUGUACUACUCCCUUCACAGAACAGCGCAAACUGGCUCUAACCAGAAUAGAAAGAGGAGUGGGAGGCCCCGGUGCACAACUGAGCAAGGGGACAAAUACAUUAGUGUCUAGUUUGAGAAACAGACGCCUCACAGGUCCUCAACUGGCAGCUUCAUUAAAUAGUACCCACAAAACACCAGUCUCAACGUCAACAGUGAAGAGGCGACUCUGGGAUGCUGACCUUCUAGGCAAAGUUGCAAAGAAAAAACCAUAUCUCAGACUGGCCAAUAAAAAGAUUAAGAUGGGCAGUCUGAGAUAUGGCUUUUUCUUUGGGUUAGAAAAAAGCCGUUUUCGCUUUAUUAAUAGUGCAAGCAUGACGCUAAUGAAUCUGAGCUUGGGAAACAAUGGUACAGUGAAGCCUUAUCAUUACAACAAUUAUCAUAUAAAAAAUAUAUAAUUUGUUUUGCACUGUGCUCCCAAAUUAAAACUCAAGGUCGCACAGCAAAAUAUUUGGUCUCCUAUGCGACCAAAUUGGUCGCACUUUAGAGCCCUGCCCUGGACUCCUAUUUAGAAAGUGCUUCAGACAACACGUUUGUUUGACUCUUCUCCCUCUGGCUCUUCGUCCCUGUCUUAUUAGAAUGACCUGGAGCAGGUGCUGCGUCAGAUCGGUGACAAGGACCAGAAGAUCCAGAACCUGGAGGCCCUGCUGCAGAAGACCAAGGACAGCGUGAGCCAGCUGGAGGCCGAGAGGGAGGACCUGGUAGCCAAGAUCCAGGCUGGGGAGGGAGAGACGGCCGUGCUCAACCAGCUGCAGGAGAAGAACCACACGCUACAGACGCAGGUAGGAGCAAAAGCACACACACAUGCACAGACAGGCAUAUACAUAAUUAAUACAGAGUGCACACACACACAUACACAAUGCAGUACAAUGUUCUGUGUAUGUGUAUUAUUCAAUUAGUGUGCUUAGGAGUUGUGUUAAAAAGAACACUACUGAUGUGAUACAAUGUACCACAGUAAAAACAUACAAUAGCUUAAUCAACUAAUUCUCUCUUUCUUUCUGUUUUGGGGGCUAUAGGUCACACACUUGACAGACAAGCUGAAGAACCAAUCGGAGAGCCACAAGCAGGCUCAGGACAACCUCCACAAGCAGGUGCAGGAGCAGAAGAGCCUCCUCCGGGCAGCCCAGGACCGAGCCCAGGCUAUGGAGACCUCUCUAGGGGAACUGAACGCCCAGCUGACAGAGAGCAGGGAGAAGGUGGCCCAACUGGACACGCAGGUAGGGUCAAUGGACUGAUGGAUGGAUAAAUAUUAUUCCUAUCCCUUUACCAUUGACUGGAGUGAGGGAUAUACAAAUAGGGGCACAGAUAGAUCCCCCAUCGCUAGGGGGGUUUAUGACCCAGAGUUAAGAGUGUUACGCUUUCAACCAGAUUCCAGCACAAAAAAGUUGUUGUCUUGUUGUUUCCCCAGUUGAAGUCUAAGACGGAGAUGCUGCUGUCGGCCGAGGCAGCCAAGGCAGCCCAGAGAGUAGACCUGGAGAACCACCUGGAGACAGCCCAGCAUGCACUGCAGGACAAGCAGCAGGUCAGCCAUAGGUUGGAUGACAACAGCAGAAUAUACUCAUGCUGGAUGAAUAUAGUAUCUACCAGAAUACUCCUUCAAUGGAGACCCAUCUAUUGACAUAAUAUAUCACUGAUUGUCAUCUUUUCUCAAAUAAACCUGCGUCUGUAGGACAAAAUGCCCUAGCUGAGUGCUAGGCCCCAUUCCAAUUCUUUAAAAGUGCAUCCUUCUUCGCUCCCUUGAAGUAAUCACUGAUUAGACAUGACAGUACAGGGGAAAGUCAUGAGAUGAGCCCUUGUGUUCACUUGUCCAAUCAUAUCAUAUUGGCGGUUGUGGCCUGCACGCAGCCGGCGUCUCAGCAGUCCUCUUCUCAGGUGAGUUCUGUUGCUCUGGCCUCACAAUCUGCUUCAAGACACGGCAGAGGCCGGAUCAUUCCGGAGAUUGUGAUAGGGAGUUCGAUGGUGAGGCAUAUAUCUGUACCUGGGGCAAAGACUUUGUGUUUUCCUGGGGCAAAAGUUCAGGAUUUCACCAGGUUGAUUUCCGAGGCUGUGAGUCAGUCACCGGGGGCUGAUAUUGUCAUGGUUCAUGUGGGGUCAAAUGACAUUAUGAAGGGCAGCUCAGAACAGCUCCUAGGGGCGUUGGAACACACAAUGUAAAUAACCUAAUUUAUGUCCCUCUAACUGCCCUGAAUGCCUCUGCUGAUCCUACAGCUAUUGUAUGCAGUAAUCAUGUGCCUAUGAACCAGAGUAAUACUGUAAGCACUGAGGUGGUGUGCCCUAGUAGGAAGUCCACUGUGUGCAGCUCACCCUGCACUAAUAAAAAUAACCCAAGUAUGUCUACCUCUGCAAAGCUUCCCAGUAAAGCAAGAACAAUUAUCAAGCUUCCCAGAAAAGUGUUAAAAAUAGCCCACGUUAACAUAUGUAACUUAAGAAACAAGGUUCAUAAUAAUUUGCCAGUAACAGAUGACAUUCAUAUUCUGACUAUCUCUGAAACUCACUUAGAUAAUACCUUUGAUGAUACAGUGGUAGCAAUACAAGGUUAUAACAUUUACAGAAAAGACAGAAAUGCCAAUUACGGCGAUGUUGCGGUCUAUAUUCAGAACCACAUACCUGUAAAGCUUAGAGAGGAUCUUAUUUGAAAUACUGUUGAAGUAAUAUGGCUACAGGUUCACCUGCCUCACCUAAAGCCCAUUCUGGUGGGAAGCUACUAUAGACCACCAAGUGCUAACAGUCAGUAUCUGGAUAACGUGUGAAAUGCUUGAUAAUAUAUGUGAUAUCAAUAGAGGUAUACUUUCUGAGUGAUUUAAAUAUUGACUGGCUUUCAUCAGGCUGCCCACUCAAGAGAGAGCUUCAAACUGUAACUAGUGCCUGCAACCUGGUUCAGGUUAUCAGUCAACCUACCAGGGUAGUUACCAACAGUACAGGAAUCAAAUCAUCAACAUGUAUUGAUCAUAUACUAAUGCUGCAGACAUUUGUUUGAAAGCAGUAUCCAAAUCCAUCGGAUGUAGUGAUCACAAUAUAGUAGACAUACCUAGGAAAACCAAAGUUCCAAAGGCUGGGCCUAAUAUUGUGUAUAAGAGGUCAUACAAUAAGUUUUGUAGUGAUUACUAUGUUGUUGAUGUGAAUAAUAUUUGUUGGUCUGACGCUGCACUUGACACAUUUAUGAAAUUGCUUAUCCCAGUUACUAAUAAGCAUGCACCCAUUAAGAAAAUGACUGUAAAAACUGUUAAGUCCCCUUGGAUUGAUGAAUUUAAAAAAUGUAUGGUUGAGAGGGAUGAGGCAAAAGAGAUUGCAAAUAGGUCUGGCUGUACAACCGAUUGGCAAACGUACUGCAAAUUGAGAAAUCCUGUGACAAACUGAAUAAAAAGAAGAAACUACACUAUGAAACAAAGAUGAAUGACGUAAAGAAUGAUAGUAAAAAGCUUUGAAGCACCUUAAAUGAAAUUUUGGGCAAAGAGGCGAACUCCGCUUCAUCAUUCAUUGAAUCAGAUGGCUCAUUCAUCACAAAACCCACUGAUAUUGCCAACUACUUUAAUUAUUUUUUCAUUGGCAAGAUUAGCAGAUUUAGGCAUGACAUGCCAGCAACAAACGCUGACACACCACACACAUCCAAGUAUAUCUGACCAAAUUAUGAAAGACAAAUAUUGUAAUUUUGAAUUCCGUAAAGUGAGUGUGGAAGAAGUGAAAAAAAUGGUCUAUCAACAAUGACUGGAUGGAAAAUUACUGAGGAUAAUAGUGGACGAUAUUGCCACUCCUAUUUGCCAUAUCUUCAAUUUAAGCCUUCUAGAAAGUGUGUGCCCUCAGGCCUGGAGGGAAGCAAAAGUUAUUCCCCUACCUAAAAAUAGUAAAGUCCCCUUAACUGGCUCAAAUAGCCGACAAAUCAGCCUGUUAACAACCCUUAGUAAACUUUUGGAGAGAAAAAAUUAUUUGACCAGAUAAAAUGAUAUUUUAAAGUAAACAAACAAAUUGACAAAACAGACUUUCAGCACGCUUAUAGGGAAGGACAUUCAACAAGCACAGCACUGACACAAAUGACUGAUGAUUGGCUGAGAGAAAUUGAUAAAAAGAUUGUGGGGGCUGUUUUGUUAGACUUCUGUGCGGCUUUUGACAUUAUCGAUCAUAGUCUGUUUACACCCCCUGCUAUAUUGUGGAUAAAGAGUUACCUGUCUAACAGAACACAGAGGGUGUUCUUUAAUGGAAGUCUCUCCAACAAAAUCCAGGUAGAAUCAGGAAUUCCCAGGGCAGCUGUCUAGGCCCCUUACUUUUUUCAAUCUUUACUGACGCCAGUGUGUCUGUAUGCAGAUGACUCAACACUAUACAUGUCAGCUACCACAGCGACUGAAAUGACAGCAACACUUAACAAAGAGCUGCAGUUAGUUUCAGGAUGGGUGGCAAGGAAUAAGUUAGUCCUAAAUAUUUCAAAAACUAAAAGCAUUGUAUUUGGGACAAAUCAUUUACUAAACCCUAAACCUCAAAUAAAUCUUGUAAUGAAUAAUGUGGAGACUAAAUUGCUUGGAGUAACCCUGGAUUGUAAACUGUCAUAGUCAAAACAUAUUGAUACAACAGUAGCAAGGAUGGGGAGAAGUCUGUCUAUAAUAAAGCGCUGCUCUGCAUUCUUAACAGCACUAUCAACAAGGCAGGUCCUACAGGCCCUAGUUUUGUCGCACCUGGACUACUGUUCAGUCGUGUGGUCAGGUGCCACAUAGAGGGACUUAGUAAAAUUGCAAUUGGCUCAGAACAGGGCACCAUGGCUAGCCCUUGGAUGUACACAGAGAGCUAACAUUAAUAUGCAUGUCAAUCUCUCCUGGCUCAAAGUGGAGGAGAGAUUGACUUCAUCACUACUUGUAUUUGUGAGAGGUAUUAACAUGUUGAAUGCACUGAGCUGUCUGUUUGAACUACUGGCACACAGCUCGGACACCCAUGCAUACCCCACAAGACAUGCCACCAGAGGUCUCUUCACAGUCCCCAAGUCAAGAACAGACUAUGGGAGGUGCACAGUACUACAUAGAGCCAUGACCACAUGGAACUCUAUUCCACAUCAAGUAACUCAUGCCAGAAGUAAAAUUUGAUAUAUUUUUUUAAACAUACAAAUACACCUUAUGGAACAGCGGGACUGUGAAGUAACACAAACAUAGACACAUGCUUACAAACACACGAUAACAUACGCACCAUACACACGUACACAUGUAUUUUAUGUUAUAGAUAUGUGGUAGUAGAGGCCUGAGGGCACACACUUAAUAUGUUGUGAAAUCUGUUAUGAAUAUAUUGUAAUGUUUUUAAAAUGUAUAACUACCUUCAUUUUGCUGGACCCCAGAAAUAGUGGAUCCAUAAUAAAAACAAAUACAAAUAUCUAGUCAAUGAUUACUUCAAGGAAGGAAGAGAAUUCCUAGGAAUGCCUCUUCUCUCCUGUCCUUAUAGGAGCUGAGUAAGAGCCAGGCGUGUGUAGAGGAGCAGGGCCGGAGGCUGCAGGAGAGACGGGAGCAGUGUGGCCAGCUGGAGGCCAGUUUGAAGGAGGUCAAAGACAAACUACUGACCUCAGAACAGUGCAUAGAGCAGCUGGAAGGACGGGCCAAGGUCAGUUACACUCACACGCUCACAAGUGGAGUUCCUAGGGGAGGUUCUUGUACAUUUAUAGUACUGUGUGUAUUACCUUUACACAUUUCAUACAUUUUUGUGUGCAGAUUUUUGUUUCUAACGAUAUGAAGGGGGUUUAGCUCAUACACACAUCUUGGUAUCAGGGUUGCAGUAGAGACUGAGAGUCACUGUGAUGUCUCUGAAAUGGCAGUGUGUGUGUUCUCUGUGCGUGUGUUAAAGAAAGCGGAGGCGGAGGGGGUGGAGCUGAGGGCGGCCAGGGAGCAGGCCCAGCAGGAAGUGCAGAAGCUCCAGAAGCAGGGGUCAGAGGUCAAGGGAAAGCUGAAGGAGCUGGGUCGCCUAUUAGAGACUGAGAAGGCCGGGUAAGCGUUAAGUGCAGCUUUCUGAUGCUGUCACAGUCAGGUUACCAUUCCGACGGACACAAUGACAGGGUCAAAGUUCAACAUAUCAUCUCUCAUCAACAAGGAAAGUGACCAUUGCCGCAGCAGUCUAUAGACAGUUCACCUGAAAUAUGAAUUAAUUAUGGUUCUGGCCACUGACUAUAAACCAAGCUUAUUUCCUUUUUAUUGGUCAUUGAUCCACAUCCAGUACUCUUUGUGACCAGUCUCUGCUUCUCUCAGGGCUGCUGUGUUACAGGAGGAGCUGAAGAGAAAGACAGCCUCCCUGAGCGACACGCGGCAGCAGCUGGAGCGCUGUGAGCAGGAGAAGACUUCCCUCCAGGCCAACCUGGACAAGCUAGCCCAGGAGGGGCAGGCGCGGCAGGCAGAGCUGGACAGGAAAGCCCAGGGCUUGGCCAGAGACCUCCAGAAGGCCCAGCAGGAGAAGGAGGCCCAGGGGAAAGAGAUGGCAGCGGCCAACGACAUCCUGGCUAAAGCCUCCAAGGCCCUGAAGGAGAGCCAGAGCCAACUGGACAAGGAGAGGAAGAGCAGCAAGAUAGUUAUGGAGGAGAAGGUGUGGUGUAGCAUGGUUGACCUCCGUGUGGGAGGUACAGACUGCAACGUGAAGGAGUCCGGUAGCUCCUUGGGGCUGUAUUCAUAACGGUUCUCAGAGUAGGAAUGCUCAUAUAGGAUCAGUUUUGCCUUUUGGAUCACAAUGAAUAAGAUUGCAUGGACGGGGGGGACCGGAUCCUAGAUCAGCACUCCUACUCUGAGACCCUUUAUGAAUAGGGGCCCUGUUCUUCUCAAAUUGGUGUUGGUGUCAGUAUUAUCACCAGAAGUCUCUUAGUCUGGACUAGGUCAAAUCCAACAGUACAUACAGUACCAGUCAAAAGUUUGGACACACCUACUCAUUCAAGGGUUUUUCUUUAUUUUUACUAUUUUCUACAUUGUAGAGUAAUAGUGAAGACAUCAAAACGAUAAAAUAACACAUAUGGAAUCAUGUAGUAACCAAAAAAGUGUUAAACAAAUCAAAAUAUAUUAUAUAUGUGAGAUUCUUCAAAUAGCCACCCUUUGCCUUGAUGACAGCUUUGCACACUCUUGGCAUUCUCUCAACCAGCUUCACCUGGGUUCCCACAUAUGCUGAGCACUUGUUGGCUGCUUUUCCUUCACUCUGCGGUCCAACUCAUCCCAAACCAUCUCAAUUGGGUUGAGGUCGGGUGAUUGUGGAGGCCAGGUCAUCUGAUGCAGCACUCCAUCACUCUCCUUCUUGGUAAAAUAGCCCUUACACCGCCUGGAGGUGUGUUGUGUCAUUGUCCUGUUGAAAAACAAAUGAUAGUCCCACUAAGCCCAAACCAGAUGGGAUGGCGUGUCGCUGCAGAAUGCUGUGGUACCCAUGCUGGUUAAGUGUGCCUUGAAUUCUAAAUAAAUCACAGACAGUGUCACCAGCAAAGCACCCCCACACAAUAACACCUCCUCCUCCAUGCUUUACGGUGGGAACUACACAUGCGGAGAUCAUCCGUUCACCCACACCGCGUCUCACAAAGACACAGCGGUUGGAACAAAAAAUCUAAAAUUUGGACUCCAGGCCAAAGGACAAAUUUCCACCGGUCUAAUGUCCAUUGCUCGUGUUUCUUGGCCCAAGCAGGUCUCUUCUUCUAAUUGGUGUCCUUUAGUAGUGGUUUCUUUGCAGAAAUUCGACCAUGAAGGCCUGAUUCACACAGUCCUCUCUGAACAGUUGAUGUUGAGAUGUGUCUGUUACUUGAACUCUGUGAAGCAUUUAUUUGGGCUGCAAUUUAUGAGGCUGGUAACUCUAAUGAACCUAUCCUCUGGAGCAGAGGUAACUCUGGGUCUUCCUUUCCUGUGGCGGUCCUCAUGAGAGCCUGUUUCAUCUUGAUGGUUUUUGCGACUGCACUUGAAGAAACUUUCAAAGUUCUUGAAAUGUUCCGUAUUGACUGACCUUCAUGUCUUAAAGUAAUGAUGGACUGUCGUUUCUCUUUGCUUAUUUGAGCUGUUCUUGCCAUAAAAUGGACUUGGUCUUUUACCAAAUAGGGCUAUCUUCUGUAAACACCCCUACCUUGUCACAACACAACUGAUUGGCUCAAACGCAUUAAGAAGGAAAGAAAUUCCACAAAUCAACUUUUAAGAAGGCACACCUAUUAAUUGAAAUGCAUUCCAGGUGACUACCUCAUGAAUCUGGUUGAGGGAAUGCCAAGAGUGUGCAAAGUUGUCAUCAAGGCAAAGGGUGGCUAUUUGAAGAAUCUCAAAUAUAAAAUAUAUUUUGAUUUGUUUAACACUUUUUUGCUUACUACAUGAUUAUAUAUGUUAUUUCAUAGUUUUGAUGUCUUCACUAUUAUUCUACAAUGUAAAAAUAAAGAAAAACCCUUGAAUGAGUAGGUGUCCAACCUUUUGACUGGUAGUGUAUUUGUGUAAAUGUGAAAAAGAAAAUGUCUCCACUGUUUUCCUGUUUCAGGAGAAGUCCCAUGAGAUGGCCAGACAGGAGCUGCUGAAGGCCACAGAGGCCACCACCAAGGAGAUGGCAGAGGUCAAAGGGCAGCUGGAGAAGAUCCGAGAGGUAAGCAGCCCAUAGACAUGAAUACAGUGUCCUAUUCAUUAGGCACUAAAUGUAAGAAAACUGACAAACAAGGAGGGACUACUUGAAUUUGUCCAAUAUGAAACACACAUUUUUGUAUCCAUUGUGAAUGUUUUGCUAUGGUGUGCCCUAAUGAACACGACCCAGAUACCUUACAAGGCCUGAUUGUCCGUACUCUCACAAUGGGUUCCAUUUUGUGUCUGACUGGCAGGCAGAGAAAGGUUUGAAGAUGAAGCUGACUGUAUUAACAGAGCAGCACACUGAGACCCAGGAUGCCCUGAAAGAGAAAGAGAAGGGGGUGAAGCAGCUGCAGGCACAGCUGAGGACAGCCCAGGGGUCCUUCAACCAGGAAAAUAAGAAACUGGAGAGCCAAGUCAUCGAGCUGCAAGGACUACAUGCCAAGAAGGUAAGAAGUCACACACACACACACACACACACACUUCAUUCCAUGUAUCUCCACAUUUUCGACUAAAUGUGUGUGUUCAAGGCUGAGGAGGAGGGUCGUCUGAAGGAGCAGGUGGCAGGCCUGGGCCAGGAGCUGACUUCUGAGAGGACCAGGACCACUGAGCUGCAGAAGGCCCUAGAGCAGAGUCAGGAGGGACUGGCCAAGCUGCAGUCUGACUACUACGGCAAGGAGUCAGAGGUGUCAUCUCUCAGACAGGACCUCGAGGUGAGUGGGAGAACAUGCAUGCAUAGAAAUAGAAUUACUAAAAUGGGCAUCCUCAUUCAAUUCUAUUUCUAUGGAUGCAGGACAGGGUCAGUGGCAGUUGGACAAGAAUAAUCAUUUUAUGAGGAGAAAAUGUUUUGUGUGAGUGAAGAAUAUAUGUGAGAAGACCAAGGUAGUUAAGAGGAAUCAAUGGAGAUACCAGUGUCAGACCGCAUGCAAAUAUUGAUCAUCAACAUCAGACACAAGUGUCUGCCUAACCUACUACCAGGACACCAUAGGUGUAGGAUCAUGCAAAUCAUAGCCUUUUUAACUUUUUACAUAAUGCUAAUUUGAAAGUAUGGUAUGCACGCACACCUCUCUAGUGUGUGUGACCUGAGCCUGUUUGCUGUGUGUUUGUAUGAACCAUGUGCUGUAUGUGACACAUGCUUGUGUGUAUACUCUGUCCAGGCAUCUGAGGAGAGGCUGACUCUGUCCCAGGAGGAGUUGGCUGCUAACCGGACCCAGCUGACUGGUCUGGAGGGGCAGAUCCAGGAAGUGGAGGCUGCCCGGGCCUCCCUGGAGCAGGAGCUUGCUAAACGGGACCAGAGGCUGGGCCAGCAGGAGACAUCCCUCAAAGAGCUGCAGAAACAUCAGGUCAGACCCAGGAUUGUGUUCAAAAAGCAUCUGAGUUCCCGGUCCAUAUAAUCGUAUUCAUUAUGAUCUAAAAGGCUAAACUAAUCCUUGAUAAGGAGGGAAGACUCCGACUGUAUGUCUGACUGGGGGGUAUCCCGGUUGGAUUUGUGUAAUGAAUCUCUUGUUAUAGUUGUUGUAAGUCUUGUUCCAAACCAUAGUCAGAGCAUCAUGUUAUUUGGGGACUUUGAUCCAUCUCUGACCCCGUCUCUUACCCCUAAUGGGACUUAGGAUGUGCGUUGUAUGAUUGCUCCCCUCAUGCUGUAACCCCCUCCCCCACGCAGGGUGUGACCCAAGAGGAGCUGCAGAAGGAGAGGAGCAGAGCAAAGGAGCUGAGCCAGACUAAGGCUGCCCUGGAGAAGGACACGACCAAACUGGGCUCUGAGCUGAAGGCACUCAGGGAGAGGAGUGAGAAGGUGAGAGACUCCUUAUCCAGAGAUUUACGAGUGGGUCCUCGUUCUGGGAUCAUUGAACAGCUCACAGGGGAGUGGAAGGGGGAGGGGUUGAUUCGGAAUUGAACCAACUGAAUCCCAUAUCAACCUCUACCCCCUAGGUACUACUGUAGAUCUGAGAUGAUUGGAUAGGUCUUAGCAAAAUGGUGACAAUUCCAUCAUAUUGCUUACACCUAUCCAUCCAUCUCUCCCUCCUCACCCCUUCUCUUCUUCCCCCCAGGAGUUGAGGGAGCUGCGGGAGGCCAAGCAGCUGUUGAUCCAGCAGAAGCUGGAGGUGCAGGGCCGUGUGGAGGAGGUGCAGGCAGCCCUGGAGCAGGAGAAGACCCAGCACCAGGCCACCAGGGACAGUGUUACCCAGAGAGAGGAGAAGUCUCGGGUGGAGACCCAGGAGGUCCAGGCCCAGCUAGUACGCUUAGUCGUUUACCUACCUACUAACGUUCCAGAUGGCAUCAACACUUAUUAAAGGAGCUACAUGUGAUGUUUGACAUUGAAGUACUAUUUGCUGGUGGAAAUGUUACACACACAGAACACCUCCAGUGUUUUUAAAUGCUGUGUUUUGUAGACACCAUGCAGGCUCUCUGUCAUUUUCUGUGUUUCACAAAUGUGUGGUGGUGUCUUUUUUAGGUAUUAUCACUCAGAUGUUUUGUAGAGCUGUAGGUGUGUGGCUUUUCUCCUCUGAACUUCUAAAUACCCUGUCAUCUCUCUACCCCUCACUCCCUCCCAUUCCCUCCUCCUCCCCCUUCCUCCUCCCCAUCCCCCGCCCCUCCCCAGGCGUCAGAACGUAAAGCCCGGGAGGAGCAGGCGAAGCGGGGAGAGGAGGCGGAGGCGCGGCUGGGCCUGCAGGUGACUGCGCUCAACGAGAACGUGGCCACGCUAAAGAGGGAAUGGCAGGGCAGCCAGCGGCGCUGUGGCGAACUGGAGAAGCAGACUGAUGAACUGCGGGGCGAGAUCGCUGUGCUAGAGGCCACCGUGCAGAACAACCAGGACGAGAGACGCGCGCUGCUGGAGAGGUGAAGGGGAGGAGUGGGUGUGAAGUUGUCUUCAGAAUUGCAGCCGCUAAUGUCGUGGUUUUACCAGAAACUAUAAUGUAGCUAGGAAUCGCCUAGAUCUCCCCUCAUGGAUGUCUUCCAAAUCAAAUCAAAAUGUAUUUGUCACAUGCUUCUUAAACAACAGGUGUAGACUAACAGUGAAAUGCUUACUUACGGACCCUUCCCAAACAGCGUGCAAAAGAGCACGUUGGCUGUUAGCCUAUCCAGCAAGGUGUCAGAGAUAACUGAUUUCCGGUAGUUUGGCCUGUAAUGCAGCAGAGCUUGCAUUGGAGGUGUUUUAGUGCUUUCAUUGGGUUUUUUCUCUCUGUCACUCUCUAUCCUUUUUUCUCUCUCCUCCUAUGGUAGCUUUUAGCCUUUCACCAUUGUGCCUGUGUGUAAUGGUUGUGUUUCAGGUGUGUGAAGGGUGAGGGGGAGAUGGAGAAACUGCAGUCCAAGGUGGUGGAGAUGCGCAGGAAACUGGAUGAUACAACCGCUGCCAUGCAGGAGCUGGGCAGAGAAAACCAGUCACUACAGGUAACAAUACAGGAUACAUAACGCCAUGUUAGACAUAUGUAUUAUGACUUCAGUUGCAUCAUUCUGUGUGACCUGUAGCUGAACUAGACAAUACAACACAGUACACAUACACCAGUCUACGUGUAUUUAGUAUUUUAUUAGAAUCCCCAUUAGCUGUUGCCAAGGCAGCAGCUACUCUUCCUGGGGUCCAAAUGUAUUAGACCCAACAGAGUCCACAGCCGUGGAGCCACGAUAGUCUGACGACCCAUUAUUACAUAAUUUACUGAUCUCAUUUAAUUGUCGAGCUGUGGACGUGUCACAAUAUACUGCGCAGCUCUGCUGGUUAGAACUCUGUAGGACUCGUUCGAUGGGUACUUAAAGUCAAUAGAGCUGUGUGUGUUAGUGUGUACAUGCCUGUUUGUAUAGGUGCAGACGUGCAGUGGAGCUGGUUUUCCUGUGUGUAUGUAUAUGGACUAACCCCUCUCUCUCCCUUUCCCCAUCUGUAGAUAAAGCAGUCACAGUCUCUGACCAGGAAGUGGGCGGAGGACCACGAGGUACAGAACUGCAUGGCCUGUGAGAAGGGCUUCUCUCUUGCCAUCAGGAAGGUGAGUUGUGUUGCAUGUCGUUCUGUUCAUCUGGGUUGUGUUCAUUAUGGCAUGCUCAGAGAGUUUUGCAAUGGAAAAUUCCAGGUAGUCCCAGUCAGUUUUCUUCUGUUUGGUUCCUAAUGAACACAACCAUGGUAAGAGGGUUGAAGGAGGUGCCACAAAGGAGUUCUACAAAGUGUUAUAUCAUCAGGACAGUCAGACUGUCCUGCCCAUCCUCCUAACUGACUCUCUCUCUACUCUCUCCCCCCACAGCACCACUGCAGACACUGUGGCAACAUCUUCUGUGCAGAGUGCUCUGCCAAGAACGCUCUCACACCCUCCUCCAAGAAGCCUGUGCGGGUGUGUGAGACGUGCUUCGAAGAUCUCCAGGGCUGACACCUCUCUCUCUCGGCCCCCUGGCCCCUCCAGUGACGGCAUGUCUCAUCGUUUCCUACGUGCAUUCUUACAAACUGACUUUGAGAAAUCAACACCUGUCUUUCUAUGACUUCAUGGAUCAUUUGAACCAAUCAGACCUACUGUGCUUUGAAGAGGAGGUACCUGGUGAUGGGAUGGGAGUGCAGGACAAGGGGCCACAGUCACUGUAUGGGCCACAGUCGUUCUAG